AAAAGAAAAGGGGAAAAAAUCGUUUUUUUUUUUUUUUAAAAAUUGCAUCAACCUUCGUUCACAAGCUAUUAAAUCACCCCACCAACUUUCUCCCUUAUCCCUUUCUCUGAUUGCAGAAAAAGUUUCGUUUUUUCCCCUUCAGAUCUCCGAAUUUCCACACGGGUUGCAAAAAAAAAAAAAAAUUGGCAACUCACUUCUCUGUAAGAACCAAGAACAAUCUUUUUUUUCCUCUUUUGCAACCAAUGGUUCUUCCGAUGCAGCGAAAACAUACAUAGAUGUGAAUUUUCAGAGUGAUCCAAAGAAGAAGAAAGAAGGGGAAAUGUUAGGUGCAGUGCAGUUGGGGUUGUUAGCAGCGUGUGUUGUGCUCUUUGUUCCUAUGGGUAUGGCUGGUUGGCACCUUAGCCGCAACAAGGUUCUUUUCUUCAGUGGCGCACUCUUCAUCACUCUAGCAGUUGGGGUUCACUUAACCCCUUAUUUCCCUUCGGUUUCUGAUUUUGUUACUUCAGUUUCUUCUUCUUCUUCUGGUGAUGGUGUUGUUCUUGUGGAUGAUAAUGACCGUGGUUCUUGUGUUUCAUUCUUGCACGAGAUUGAUUGGGAGGUCAAGCCAAGCAUGGACUUUGACCCUUUGGUUCACAAGAACUCUGUGAACUACAACAAGUCUUGGUCUUGGAGGAGAUCGAGUGCUGUUGAAUCCUGUGAGUUUCAGAGGCUGAAAAGGCACCAUGUCUCUGAUUUGCUUAAUGGUUCUUGGGUCAUGGUUGCUGGUGAUUCCCAAGCUAGAUUCUUUACAAUGGCUUUGCUUGGUUUGGUAUUGGAUUCUGAGCGUAUGGAAUCUGUUAGAGAAUCUUUAUUCAAGAGGCAUAGCAAUUACCAUGUUCUGGUUGCUGAAAUGGGCAUGAAAUUGGAUUUUAUUUGGGCACCUUAUACUACAAAUUUGACCGAUUUGGUUAUGGAGUUUAAGGAGAAUCAUGUGUAUCCUGAUCUUUUGGUUAUGGGUUCUGGUCUUUGGCACAUGUUGCAUAUCAACAAUGCUUCAGAAUAUGGUGUUGAGUUAAGAGUUUUGAGGAGUUCCGUGGCAUCUCUAUUGCCUAUAUCCCCGGAAUUCGGCUCUGACGGGCCAGUAACCGGCUCUGUAUCAGUCCGAUCGCCGCACUUGUUUUGGCUCGGCAUGCCUACUCUGGUGAACUCAAUGUUGAACACACAGGAGAAGAAGGAGAAGAUGACUGAUCUAGCGAGAGUUGAGUAUGAGAGAGAGGUUGAGAGGAGCAACAUUUUGAGGAAAUUCGGGGGGCCAUUUCAGCUUCUUGAUAUGGGAUCCUUGAGUUGGAAUUGUGGGAACAAGUGUACAGAUGAUGGUAUGCAUUAUGAUUUAGUAGUUUAUGAAGCUGCGGUUCAUAUCUUGUUGAAUGCAUUGCUUAUUGAAUCUAAUCAGAAGCUAUGAUGAUGAAGUUUGUAGCAUUGGUGUGCUCAUUCUUCUUCUUCUUCCCUUGUUUGGGACAUACACGGUAGGAUACUUUUAAAGAUUUUGAUUAAUAGAAGUUAAGUUCUCUUCCAAGUAUAGCUUGCAAAUUCUUACUAGGUUUUGUCCAGGGCCUUCGAUUCAAUUUAGUUUAGAGUUAUUUGUCACAAAAGAAGUCACAUUUGAAAUUCUUUUUUCUUUACUUUCCUUAUCUUGUUUCAAUGUAUGCUAACAGCUCAUAAAUUAGCCUCUUAAGUUAGACACACUGAUUUCUGUACAAACAGUUUCUACUUUUAACUACAAUAUAUAAAUGGGAUUCAUUUCUACAAGAAGAAUGUAGUUCAAUCAUAGGGUAUGGUCUUUUAUAUUUGUUACUUUCUUGUAUCUGGCUUUAUUGUUGAGACAGUUUAAUGUAUUGCAGAUUUACCAAGGAGAAUUGAGAUCAACCAUGAAACCAUUUUCCCA